AUGGCAAUCUCUAAUAUUGUUCAAUCUUGGCUCUUUCAAGGUUUUCAAAUUCCAUCUAUUCUAUUCGGUAUCUUUACUCUCUAUCACUUACUCAUGGAUCGAGCACUUCGAAAUGCACUUCACAACCAUGUUAUUAUUGCCAUGGUCUCUGUUGGUCUUAUCUUGCAAUUUUUCGAUAUUACGGCGCUCGCUUACCUAUUACGUACCGGCACUGUAUUAGUAUCCACAAGAACCUUUUGUGUUGCCUGGACGUUCAUUCGUUCCAUUGGGAUUGUAGGAACACUAAAUCUGGUGGCUUGGGCGUCGAUUGAACGUCAUAUUCUUAUCUUUCAUCAAAAGUGGGUUGGUACGAAAACAAAGCGAUUUUUUCUUCAUUAUCUCCCAUUGGUUAUAUGUAUGAUGUAUCCUGGUGUAUUUUAUUUUGCUAUAUACUUCAUUGUACCUUGUCCUAUUACAAUGAAUUACACCAAACUAGGAUGCGGUUAUUAUUCCUGUGUCCUUAUUACCCCGUCAGUUUCAAUGUAUGAUACUGUGGUGAAUUUCUUACUGUCUCCAUUUAUCAUUGUAAUAUUCAGUGUGGCUCUUAUUAUACGUGUUCUAGCAAGUAAAUGCCGCACUCGUCAACGAAUUCAAUGGCGUAAUUAUAGGAAUAUGGCCAUCCCAUUAUUAUCAAUAUCUCUCCUCUAUAUCAUUGUAUACUGUCCACCAUUUUUCUUAUAUACUGCUUAUAAGGCCGGUUUAACACAAAUUGUAGCUACCAGUUACUAUUCUAUUACCGCCUCUUUGGAUUACUAUGCUAUAACAUUCACUCCUAUUAUAUGUGCUCUCUCAUUAUCUGAACUUCGAACGAAGUUUAAAAUAUGUUUUCCAUGUUGCCGAAGACGUCGUGCUGCUGUUGGUCCACAAGCAUUGAUGAUGACUCGUACAAAAGCAGGUCCAGCAGCUGGCCCAAUAGCUGCAAUAGCAACAAUUGCUCAAUAA